AUGCAGCAGCAUCCUGGCCAUCCAGGACACCCUAUGGGCGCUCCGGGUAUGGCUCACAACCCAAGCCAACCGGGAGCUCAGCCUGGUAUGCCUCCUCAGAUGGCUGCUCACAUGGCCGUGUCCGGACCCGGUGGACAGGUCAAUCCCGCGGCCAUGAUGGGAACCAUGCCGCCCGGUGCUGGUGGCCCUAGUGCCCAUGCUCUACAACAUCUGAACCCUCAGCAGCAGCAGCAGAUGUUCCAGCAACAACAACAAUUUGCAUUAGCAAACCAAAAUCCCCAAAUGAUCGCCCAGAUGCAGCAGCAAAGAAUGUUGCAACAGAGACAGGCGAUGAUGCAACAGCAGAUGUACGGGGGAAUUCCUAUGAAUAUGCAGGGGAUGAAUAUGGGUAACAUGACGGCUGCCCAUUUCUCGGCUUUGAGAAACAACGCAAAUAUGCGAGUCGGUGGUAAUAUGGCCCAUAUGCAGCAGCAGGCGCAUCUUGCUCAGCAGGGACAACAUCAAAAUCCUCAGCACGCCCAGGUAGUUACACGCACCCCCACGCGUUUUGAGCAUCCCAAUUCUAGACUUCGCGCUGACAACUAUAUUCACUUGCAGCAUAUGCUUGCACAGCAGAUGGCAAUGCAGCAGCACCAAGCCCAGCAGCAAGCGAAUAACCAGAUGCACCAAGGUAACCAGCCUGGCCACCCCGGACAGAUGACUGCCCAGCAGAUACAAAUGCAGCAGGCGCAGAUAGCACAGUCCAUGGCACAGCAGGUCCCCCAAGGCCCUCAAGGCCAGGGACCUCAACCUCAACCCCAAGGACAACCACAGCAGCAAGGACAGCAGCAGCAGCAGCAGCAGCAACAGCAACAACAGCAGCAGCAACAGCAGCAGCAGCAACAACAACAACAGCAACAACAACAACAGCAACAACAACAGCAACAGCAGCAGCAACAACAGCAGCAGCAACCGGGCCAGCAGCAACAAGGCCCACAGCCAGGUCAACAACCGCAACCGAACUCGCAAGGACCCCAGAGAGCCCCAACGCCAGCAGUUUCACAACCGAACCAACCUCAGAAUCAAGGUCCCAAUCCCGCACAAGGUAAUCAGCCGCAACAACCACAAGGCCAAGGACAACCACCGAACGGCCAACAAACCCAACCUCAGCAACCCACCCCCCAGGCGUUGCAGGCAGCCCAUAUGCAGCUGCCAAAUAGUAUCCAGCAGCAGUUACUACAUCACCAACAACAGCAGCAAAAGAACGACGGCAUGAAGGGACAGUGCCUCUUAAAGCUGCUUCAGUUCGGCGAGCACCUCAGUGCCUAUACUGGUCCACGAACAAAGGAUGAUCUUACGUACUGGAAUAACUUCGUCGGGCAAUUCUUCUCUAUGAGAGGCAUCUUUAGAAUCUCUCUAUUUUAUAUUGGUAGUGAUACAGGCAAUGAAGAGCACGCGGAUAAACAGUAUGAUAUAACACAACCUGCGCUAGCACGCUACUUUCAUACACAUUACGAGAGCGGUAUCCGAAGGAUCAAUUUGACGUUCGAGAAAGGCAUUACCGAUAGGCCAUUGCCGAAUGGUUGCCAUUUUAUCGAGAACCAAAAAGCGCAUUUGACCUACUGGUUCGACAAUUCUCAUCUCGUCGCGACAGGAAUACUCCGAGCGCAGUUUGAUAGCGAGCAAAAACUAGAUCUAUUAGAAUUUGUCACGCAGAGCCACGAGGAGUACCACUCGAGGAAGAUGGUUACCGAGGCGGCGAGACCGGCGCACAACUGGGUCAAAGAAUGGCUCAAGGUCAAUAACCAGGACUCGCGAUUGUCACCGGAGAUGAGCAAAAAGGGAAAGGCGAAGACAUUGAAGUCGCCACCAAAUCCACCUCCAGAUAUUGACCUACCCCCAUCAGCCGUCAAACAAAAUAUAGGCCUCACAGAAGGCGUGUUCCAAUUCCUCGAGAUCAUAGAAGUUGUUGGACAGAUGAAUCCAUUAUUCAACUUUUACCAUUCGCAUCCAGGCCUCUCCCCUUACGCUGCACUUGAGCAGUACGUCAACCAGAAUAUUACCAACGCCCCGCAGCAGCCGUUGGUGAAUGGCCAACCUCAAGGCAAUGGCCCACCUAACCCGCGGACUCCCAGUUUUGGCCAAUUCCCCAUGGGCGCUUCGCCAGCUACCGCGCAUCUGCAACUUCCCAAUUCGCCUCACAUGGGCAGCCCCGCCCAGGGACACAUGCAAGCACCUGGCAUGCAACUACAACAGAGUCAGCAAGGAACAAGCUCUAGCGGACCCAGCGCUAAUACAAGUCCAGCAAGCAACAAGCGAAGGAGGCCUUCAACCGUAAAGGCUGAAGAGGAAAACGGCGCCCCAACACCCGCGAGUAUCGGGGUCUCUCAGGUAAACGGCGUUGCGAUGACCAACAAGAAGCCACCCGGAACGCCUCGGUUACAGAAGCGCGCUAAGGGUAACCCUUCAUGA